GGCUGAUUAAUUUAAAUUCAAUUUAAUAAAUUCUUCCUGACAGCUUUUUAUAAUUCUACUUCAAACCAGGCUCUAAAGCAGUUGUUCUCCUUAAAUGGGGUUAUCUCUAAAUAUUAUUGCGUGAAUUGGUCAAUAAAUAGCAACAAGGAAACAAUUAAUUUUAUUUAUGCAUUAAGCUCUCAUCAACUAAUUUAGCUGAUAAGUGAAUGCUGAUAAACCAAUUCUGGACGACAUCUUACGCCAUCAUAAAUUUCAACAAGAGACUAAUUGAGUUUACAAUGCAAUAACUUCAAAUUAAUAUAUUGCUGAUAAAGAGAUAUUGAGUUGAUAAAACCAAUAUUUUAUUGGCAGAUUAUGAAUAAGGUAUCAGUUACGCAAAUGUUUAGCCCAAAGUACGCCAUAACAAACUUAGAGAUUUCAAUUUCCAUUUGUAAUUAAUUAGCAUUGAGAAAUCAUCUUAAGAAAUUAUGAUACAGAAGUCCAUCCAAGCAUGUGAUGCCUUUGACAAUAACAAAGAGUAAUAAAGAAGCGUACUGGGAUCUAAGGUGUAACUGGCACUCAUUCAUUUAUUUAUGGGGUGAAUCAAAACUUAAACCAUAGAGAUUUGACCAGUACAAGAUUAUGGUUAGUUGAGCUAUUCAAUAAGUUAUCUGAAUAUAGAGUUUGGGUAUUUGUUUGUUAAUUGUAUUUUUUGUUUCAAACAAUUAAUGGGAUAAUACAAAUUAGAAAUUAGAGCCAUGCUAAAAUAUAUCAUCAACGUCAUAAUUCUGCUAUUUAUAGCAGAUAUGAUCAGUAUGAAUGAAGCAGCAUUAUGCACUGAUUGCCCAAAUCCAAUACUUGGAACAGAGAGCGAAAAUGUCACGUAUGGUCCGGGUAAUGAAUACAACUGUGAAUGUGAUUGGACAAUACCAACAAGCUUUGAAAAUGAUGACAAUAUUGCACUUGUGCUUUUGCUACAGAAUGAAUCUCUGUCUUAUACAAAUGGGAACAUUCAGGGUUGCUCUGGAGCUAUAAGAUUUCCAAGUACAUGUGAGAAAAAUAAUUUAUUAACUUUUUUACAAAAUUUAUUAGUUUCUUGUGAUACUUUUAAAUGUGGCAUAAUUGAGGAAUUUAUUAUUGCGUUUACUCCAUAUUUGAGAAGACACAAACCUUCUCAAGGGAGGCAAUCGGUCAAGUUUUAAUACUCAGUAUAUCAGUCAAUGCUGGUCUUUUCAAUGCAGAGCAGCAUUAUUGGUCAU